AUGACCUUCGACGGCAACUGGAAAAUUGAUCGCAAUGAUAACUAUGAGAAAUUCAUGGAACAAAUGGGAAUUAACUUGGUGAAGAGAAAGCUGGCUGCUCACGACAACCUGAAGGUACACAUCCAACAGGCUGGAGACACGUUUAAUGUCAAGGAGAGCAGCAAAUUCCGCAAUCUGGAAAUAGACUUCACCCUGGGUGUUACCUUUGAGUACAGCCUUGCAGAUGGAACGGAACUAUUAGGCUCUUGGACCAUGGAGGGAGACAUGUUGAAGGGGAUCUUCAAUAGGAAGGACAACGGAAAGACGCUGACAACAACCAGAAUUGUCCAAGGAGAUGAACUUAUCCAGAGCUACAACUAUGAAGGUGUGGAUGCAAAGAGGAUUUUCAAGAGAGCUUAGACCAAAAUGAUCAGCAAAACCUUAAAGAGAAAUGUUUGACUUGAAGAUUACAUA